GGUCUAACAUGGAAGUAGGGUCAGAAAGCAGUGGGCAGGUCGCGGCGGUGUCUUCAACGGCAGGGUUUAAAUCGCCGAUGCACGGAGCACCCCCGAUGAACACUGGCCCUAUGGAAAUGGACGACAUUACCAGUGAAAAACAGACGAAGAAGAAACGGAAAAGAUGCGGUGAAUGCAUCGGUUGCCAACGUAAGGACAACUGUGGCGACUGCGCGCCGUGCCGCAACGACAAGUCGCAUCAGAUAUGCAAGCAGAGACGGUGCGAGAAGUUGACCGAAAAGAAGCUUAUUUUGGCUCCGGACGGCACCUUGCAGACAGUGAAGAGCGAGUCUCGGAGAGGACGCGGCAGAGGGCGCUCGAGUACCACACCCAGCUACCGCGGUCGCAAGCCCCUCGGAGGUACAGCGGGAGUGGCAGGCGGCGGGUGCCAGGCGUGGCCGCCGCAGCGUCUCCGAGCCCAGCGCCCCAAGCACCGGCAGCGCCGAGCCCAGCCCCGGCAACCACGCCCGCUAUGAAGCAGGAACACCCUAGCCAGCCCAUGGCACCAAUGCCAUUCUACGCGGGAGAUCCGAACCGCUUCCCGACGGCGUGGCAGACAGAUCCGUCUCAAGGUUGGCAGAACCAGUUCAUCCAGCAACUUCCCACACAGACUGGGCAGACGACGCUGGACUACCAGGGCAACCACACAGCGUACGCUACAUCUCCGCACUACCAAGCCAACACCACGUACACCGUCCAGAACGUCGCCACCGCCUUCGACGCCAGCAAUAACACGUACUACCAGGCUGGCAUCCAGUCUGUGCCUGCCCAGCGGCCGCCCUCCAACCGCGGCGCCUACACACGUGCCAUCGCCCAGAGCGCCUCACUACGCAACAGAUUACCAACAACAGUACGCUCAGGCAGCAACACCGGGGCAACCUCCGGCAAUGAUUCACGACCAGCCUCAGCCGCAUCCUACCAAAAUUCCGUUCCAACAACAGCAGCUGGCUACACUGUCAGUCAACAAUCUUACGAUCGCACAGAAUACUCUCAAGAACAUCAAGAAGAAUAUUCCAACCCUGAAAAUGGGUCGGGAGAUACCAGCAACGAGGGCGAGAGACAAGAACAAAAUACGCCUAAUGGACAGCAUUCGGGAAACGCCGAGCCUGGAUACCUGCAGGGGAGCAACGGUCCGCGAGCUUCACUCGAUUGUAGCGGGUAUUCGGGCGGCUAUAAUAGCGGGCAGUACAGAGAGAACGGGCAGCCACAGAACCAGAACGAAUGGCAACAACACCAGUGGCAGCACAACCAAAGAAUACAGAACCAACAGUUGCAAAACCAACAGCAGCAAAUACAAAACCAACAGCAACAGAUACAGAACCAGCAAAUGCAAAACCAACAACAGCAAUUGCAAAAUCAGCAGCUGCAGAAUCAAUUGCAAAACCAACAAAUGCAGAAUCAACAGAUGCAGAAUCAGCAGAGGCAGCAGGAGGAUGAACAGCAGAUGUUCUCGCAAUCAGACAGGGUGAAUUUGAACUCGAGACUGAAAACGAUGAUAUUAAACAAACAGAACCACACCCGGGACGGCACUAACACACCGCCGGACAAAGGUGACCCAGGAGAAGGGCCGCCUCGGGUAAUUGACGAUAGGAAGACCGGAGGCGUCACUGUCAAUGACGAUAGAAACACUACCGGUCAUUUUUUAUCGUAUAGCCACCAUCUCCGAGAUAAUUACCGCUUAGGCGAACAGGCGUAUUCUGUCGCUGGUAAUUAUUCACAAAACACCCAAGCCUAUGGCGCGGGUGAGUUCGGAGGUGGUGGCCACCAAGUAUGGGAGGGGGACAGAGGUCCCAAGAACUUUGAUAAACACGCUUCGACCAAGAACGUAACUAAAGCUCCACAAAGUUGCCGUCUUACGCAGACAAGAGGACAAUACGGUACAUACUCAAACGUACCCUAUGAAGCGCAAAAGUAUGCAGAAGUUUAUAGUAAUGAUAGUAGUUUAAGUUAUACUCAACAAGAUAGUAAGGAUUUUCAAUCAAAAAUGCUCAUUGGACCAGUAUCGGAGAUGAAUCAACAAAACUGUAACCCACCUAGGGACACAAACGCACAAAGAAGAGCUUAUGAAAGUAGGGAAGCAUAUGACGCCAAAUUUAGGCAUCCUUCGGCACCUUUAAUUCCUAAAUUGGAGAUGCCUGAUACCUAUCAAUAUCAUAAGGAUGAUAGAUUAUUAAAAGCAGAGCCACAGAGGCUUAUGAAUCAGGCUACAUAUCUAAAACCAAAUGAAAUGCCUAUCAAUAAUACGUACAGAGAGUUUCCGAACGGCGCAGCAAGGCCGCAACAAAAUACCGUUCUGCCUCCGAUAUCGACUAUCAAACAGGAAAAUUUUGGGCAAAAGCCUCAGCCAUAUCAGAAUUUCCAAAACUUCCCUUAUUCGGAACCUGCAAAGCGACCAGAACCGGCUGAAACUUUCGCACAAAUACCACGAAUGCAGGAAAAUAUGGGCUUCCAAAGAUACCAUCGUAACUUCACUGAUCCAAAGAAUAAGGAGCCAGAAAAGCCUGCUGAUAGAACGACUCCAGUUGAUCCGAAACCACCGUAUUAUAUAGAACAGAUAAAGUCUGAACAUUCUCCACCGGGGCAUAAAAUAUACAAAAACCUGCCUUACAACCAGCCUCCAAGGAAUGAGCCAUAUCUUUACCCGGGAGACGGUGGGCCAGCUUCUAUUAGAAACGAGGUUGGGUACUCUUGUUGUCGCCAAGGAUCUACUAAGAAACCGCCACCUGAACAUCUAAGAGACGGCGCUUGCCCUGGACUUCAGACUAAAGAUGAAAUAUUAGAGGAUGAUCCAGAUGCAGAGAAAGGUGAUCCUAAAGCUCCAUCAAAACCCGGCACUCCAGUUCCUGAUUUAGCAAAACCUAAAGAGAACCAGUUCAAUUAUUCCAAAGAAUACCUUGAAAAUCUAGAAAGGUUAAGAAACAAUUCUAGAACCGAAGUUCCUGAUUGCAAUUGUUUUCCGGCUGAUAAAAAUCCUCCGGAACCGGGCAGUUAUUACACUCAUUUAGGGGCUGCAUCAACUUUAGCAGAACUAAGGAAGGAUCUAGAAGCUCGAACUGGUUUAUCUGGCAAAGAGUUGAGGAUAGAGAAGAUCUGUUAUACUGGAAAAGGGAAAUCGGCACAGGGCUGCCCGAUGGCUAAGUGGGUGAUAAGACGUGCAAAUUACACAGAAAAAGUAUUAGUAGUAGUGAAAUUCCGUAACGGUCACAAAUGUGCCACCUCCUGGAUCGUCGUUUGUCUGGUUGCCUGGGAAGGCAUUCCGCAAUCUGAAGCUGAUCUGGACUACACACUUCUGUCACACAAGCUCAAUAGAUAUGGUCUUCCAACUACCCGCCGAUGUGCCACUAACGAGAAUAGAACCUGUGCUUGUCAAGGUAAGCCUGGACCAGAGACCUGCGGUGCCUCAUACAGCUUCGGUUGUUCCUGGUCGAUGUACUACAAUGGAUGCAAAUACGCCCGUUCAAAAACCGUUCGCAAAUUCCGUCUGUCUGUGAAGACUGAGGAAAGCGAGAUAGAAGAACGCAUCCAUGUGUUGGCGACGUUACUCAGCCCUUUGUACAUGAACCUCGCACCGAAGGCCUUUGAGAACCAGAUUCAGUUCGAGAAGGAGGCAUCUGACUGCAGGCUUGGGUUUAAGCCGGGACGACCGUUUUCAGGCGUAACAGCAUGCAUCGACUUCUGCGCUCACGCCCAUCGUGAUCUCCACAAUAUGAACAAUGGCUGCACCGCCGUCGUCACGCUCGCGAAACAUCGUUCCCUCACCAGACCGCCUGAUGAACAACUGCAUGUACUACCCCUCUAUGUCCUGGAUACCACUGAUGAGUUCGGCUCCAAAGACGGACAGGAUGAGAAAGUGAAGAGCGGAGCCCUUGAGAUACUCGAUAAGUACCCUAUGGAAGUGCGAGUACGAUCGGUCCCGCUGCAACCAUGUCGCCGUCACGGCAAGAAGAGAAAAGACGACGAGAAUUCAGAAUCAAACACAUCAACUAACAGCAAUAACUCACAGAGCCCUGGCAAUAAUCAGAAGAAAUCUCAACAGUCUCCGGCGCCUAGGACUCCUCAGCCGGCUGAUGCAAGGAAUAAUGCCAGUCCUCGAAGUCAGAGUAGCGCGUCACCCAGGGCCAUCACACCAGCACUCAACCAAUCGAACCCUUCAGCGUUCACUAAUAACUCACACUACAACUCCGCAUUCGUCAACCCUAAUAUGCAACACCAGAACCCAGGACUUAUCAAUCCCAAUUUAGGCAACCCUGCGCUGUUAGACAUGGCGACGAUGAUAGAUAACUUUACAGAUGCUCAGCUACAAAGCAAUCAGAUAUCCAGCACUGUAUUAGACUCGCCAUACAAUCCAUACGAUCAAAGUUAUAAUUUACACCAUCAAAAUGCUAUUUACAAUCCAAAUCAUGUAUCGCCGAUAGUUGAAGGCAAUCCAAUUCAGAAUCACCAGAAUCAAAAUCCUAAUCCGAACCCAAAUCAACUACCAAGUUUCGCCGCUGGAUUACAGAAAGGGAGCAACAGUUCCCCAACCAAAUGGCCCCUCAGAACCAAUGGCCGGACUUCGCUAACACGGAAUUGUUCAACAAUGUUGUUAAGGAGGAUCCUGAUUCUACUAGCACAUUUGAACGUUGCUCCUAAUAAUUACAGCCCAGAUUCGAGCAGGAGCGAAACUAAUUCAGAUCCAAUGUUGCCAAAAGUGACCCCAGAGCCUGAGAAACAAAAUCUAAUAGCUGACAUCACAAACAAAAUUCCUGAAUUUGACAUGCCCACUUCACCGCGGUUAACUGAGAUAUCACAAAACUCUCAGAGCACGCCAGCUUCUCCAGCGCCUUCGCAGAUCCCAGAACUCAAGUCACCGAACAAUGAAUUAAUGAAUUCGGAUGCUCGUAAAAGCGUGUGGAAGUCACCGGAUUCUAAGAAUUGGGACCCAAAACCCAAAGAUCAGGCAACACCUGAAAACGAGAACUCAUUAUUUAGAGUACCAAAAGCAAGACCUCCAUCUAGGUCACAACAUACUAAUCCACCCGAAGCUAUUGAGAAUUCAACUUUUCUAAAACCAUAUCCGCCUUCAGACAGGCCUCAUUUAAGCCAAGGCUACGAGCACAGGAGUCCAUAUGACAGUAGAUUGAACAAUACUGCGCCACAAACAUCUACUUCCCAAAACAACUUCACGAUUAACCAUGAGGAACAGAACAUGCAGGCGGCCGCUAAUAAACAAGUUCCCGAGUUUGCUGGCAACAACUUCCACCCCGUCAAUCAGAACACUUAUGGCAAUCAGGCACAGAUACAAAGUUAUGGCAACUACCCGCAGGUUGCGAACGCCUAUUCCUUCCCACCGAAUCCGUACGGACAUUACAGCCCAUAUGAGAAUACGUACAACGAUUACAACAGCUUGGCGUAUUACAAUGCUGAGAAAUACAAAAGGGAAGAGCUUCUCAGGAACCCACAUUGCUACAACUCCUAUGGGUACCAAUAUAAUCCAAACUUUGCUCCUAACUUCUAUCAAAAUCCAAGUCCAAAUUGGUGCCAAUCAUCACCAAACUGGUGCAUAUACCCGCCACCAUUUUCCAUUCCAUACCCACCAGAACCGCCAAAAGCUGAACCUAUUGGCGAAGUAACUGAAUUCACAGAAAAUUUAGAUUGUUUCAAAGACGGUCAGAUGGGUGGCGUCGCUAUAGCACUGGGGCAUGGAAGCGUUCUGUUUGAAUGUGCGAAGCAUGAAAUGCACUCUACAACUGCAGUCAAAAGUCCGAACAGAGUGAAUCCCACAAGAAUAUCUCUUGUUUUCUACCAACACAGGAAUUUAAAUCGUCCCAAACAUGGUCUUGAAGAAUGGGAGGAAAAGAUGAGGUUAAAGAAACUGGGGCUGAAUCCUCCAACGCCGGGUACGCCAACCCCGGCCUCAGCAGCCGUGUCGCCCGCUGGUACGCCAACGCCGGAACGCGCCGAGAAGGCAUCAGCGGGGCUGCCGCCGCUGUCGGUGCUGGUGGAGGCGGCGGCGGCGGCGCGGCGGCGCGGGGAGGUGCGGCUGCGGGCCGACACGCAGACCACGAUGUCGUGGACGACGCUGUUCCCGAUGCACCCGUGCACGGUGACGGGCCCCUACCAGGAGUCGAGCACCUGACGCAAGCUCGCGCCGUCCCGCGCGAACACCAACACGAGACGCUCCGACGUCCCUUCCCUAGCUAUGUAAGCUCUAUGUUGCCUUUCGAUUUUAGAAGUCUUCUAAUCGUCGAUUAGAGCCGUCGUGCUUUCCAAUAUAUUUUGUAGUUCCUCGAUUAUGAUAAGUAUUGUGUGUGGCGCGGCACUGGUCCGCUGCGCUGCGCGGUUGAAAAUCCAGCGAUUCCUUUAUGCAUUUAAAAAUUGGAAUUGAGUACCGUUUGUAACUGAAAUAUUUUUUAAAACGUAUACCGAGUGAGUUUUAAUCAAAGAUGUAACUUUAAGUUUUAAUUUUAAAUAGUGUUUAUCGCAUUUCAGCUAGUCUUACGUUACGUUAGUAUCGAUUGUGUAU